CUCUAAAGCAGGCGAACCGGAGGCUUCCGCGGUAGGUUUGCCCUGCGCCGGGUCGUGCAGAUCUGGGGCGAGCUUGCGCGUCCCGCCACCGUUUUUGCAGCUCUUCUUGUUUAGUAUGGUUGCCACCACCUGGGCCUGUAUUGCAGAAAUCGCCACAGACGCCGAAGGGCCGCGGAAUCGGGACGACAUUGGUGACUGGCGAACUCCCGGCCAUCUGCGUGCACCGGGUGGAGAUUUAAUUUUUCCCAGCUCUUGCCGGUUACUCGUUGACCUCGUUAGUUUGCCGAACGAGGCUCCCUAGCCCCCACUGGAAGCUGUGGGGGGCGAAAACUCAGUAAAGCAAUUACUGCUUCCUGGCGAGGCGUGCAAAGGAGCGAGAAUAUGGUUACCCCUGCAGCCCUAUAGAGAGAUCCCUCCGACUUCCCCCUCACAGUCGUGGCUCGUGAACGUCCCUGUGUUGCUUCGUGCCAACAUGAGCGAUCGCUAUUUGGAACAAAGGAUUAGUAUAAAAUUUUGUGUGAAAUUGGACAAGUCCGCAAGUGAGACCCACCAUCUUCUCAAAGAAGCUUAUGGGGACGAAGUCAUGUCAAGGGCCCGCGUUUUUGACUGGCACAAAAGGUUUAAGGAAGGGCGGGAAGAUGUUCGAGACGACGCCCGGAGUGGCCGCCCAGUCACGCACCGGACCGAAGAAAACAUCCAGAAAGUCAAGGAUCUGGUUCGUUCAAACCGGCAGUUAACCGUGAGGAUGAUGGCGGAGGAGUUGCGUUUGGAUAAGGAAACCGUUAGGCUCAUUCUGAAAGAGAACUUGAACAUGAGGAAGGUUUCUGGGAAAGUUUUAUCGGGUUUGAAGGAUGCCCCGAAACUUGACUUUCGGGCUGCUUUUCCAAAGGAAACUAGAAAAAACAGCUCCUGUGUGAGGAAGGAGGUGGUACGUUGUGAAGCGCGGGGUCCUCUGCCCGCAUACUGGCCAAGGGUCCGCUCCCCCGCCAGCCAGCUUCUGCAGGCGUCGUCUUCAGCAAGGCUGCCCACCAGGGCGGCCCAGGCGUGGUUCACACCCACACCGUGGUGAAGGGAAGCUGCCUCCCGCCUUCAUCGGGCGCCCAGUCCUCUCCGCUCCUCCUGCCUGCGUGGCUUCCUCUGCCACUUACUCUUGGCUCCCUGGUGGGGCUGUCUCCCUUGCUGCUCUCCACAACUUGCAAGAAGGUUUGGCUGCUGACUCCCAGGACCUGCUGAUGGCUGCAUUCUUUGGCUUGACAAGAGUUUGGAUCUCCUCCCUGCCCAGACCUUGGGUUGUUUGUGAUGAUCCUGUUCCUUUGUUCUCAACAUUCUGCCUCAGGGAACCAUGCCCGUGAGACGUGGGAACAGGAUCUCUCUGGAGCCUGCCCCUCUGUGCCAGGGAGGCAUGCUUUUCUGGGAAGAUCCCAAAAGAAGGCCUACGGUUUCAGCCUGCUUCACAGUCAGGGCCCGAUGUACAGUGUACAAGCCACUGGCGUGCUGACAAAGUGAGCGCUGCUGGGUGUGCGGUCUGAUGGGGCCCAGAUGACUCGGUGGAGCCCCUCAGGCCUCAGGGCUUGGCCACCAUCCUGCCCCUCAGAAGGACUGCAUCUGUUUCAUCCUCAUCCUGUGCUUUGGAUCCUCACUCACUUGGGUAUUCCCUUUGCCAUAAGAGAAGAAUCUGGUUCCAGAAAAUACAAACCAGUGGCCCCAGGGCUGGGCUGUGAUGUGUAGGCAGAAAGACCAAGUGGUGCUCUAUAGACUGUGAAGUAAGGCAGUCUGCUACCCACGUGCCAGUUCCCGCCCAGCAGCCCGCUUUUAGUAACGAAGGCCAAUAUUGCCAGGUGUAUUUUGAGCACCUGCUGUUUUUAGAACUGUGAAAUUAUGGUCAUCAGAGACUGUAAGGCCGGGCCAACUGGUUUUUGUAGCAGAUCCAUGAGGAAGGGGGAGAAAUCGGGUUAUGAAAGCUUCACAGCAGGUGGAACAGCGUGAGACUUUGAACCUGCAUCAGUAGAAAAUAAUGACUCCAUUAGCUAAAAUAGCAAAGUGCAAAGGGGAAGAUAAUGGUGUUGCAGAAGAUGUGCAAUUGGGGAUAAUUUGCUGCUUCUCCAAGUCUGUGCCAGUGGUUUGCAAAUUGCUUCUUCCGAGUCUGUGAGUAGGUUAUUAACCCACUUACUUGAUUAUAUGAUUUUUCUGUGGAACCCAAGAAACUACAAGUUCAAGCUCUUACCUCUUUCAUUGCUGCCUUCCUACCAGGAUUUAUAGAAAGGAACUUCUUCCAGGUGGGUUCCAAGUUAUACCACACAGACUGAAAACAUCUCAAAACCUGCUCCCUGCUAAUGCACCUGGGAAGGCAUGGAAGAUGAAUGACUCAAGUGCUUGAGCCCCUGCCACCCACAUGGGAAACCCGGAUGAAGCUCCUGGCUCCAUUUGUGCAGUGAACCAGAGGAUGGAGAGAAGACAUCUACACCCAAGGAGCUGAUGGUUUAGUGGAGAAAAGGAGACAUCUACCAAAUUAAUUCCAAGAUAAUUAAGGUGAUAAAUCAGGCUCUUCCAAGUGUGGAGGGAAAAAAUUAGCUCUGCCUGGGAGAGUUGAAAGCAGGUAAAAAGGGAUAGGGUCUUGCGGGGUGACUAGGAGUUCUGUGGGGUUUUGUGAAUUGUUAAGCACUAUGUGAGUUAGUCUUUGGC